GGUUUGGGUUUUCCAAACCUUGAACGUUAUAAAUAUAUGUUUGUUUAACCACGAAAUAGUAUAAUUUUGCUGGAUAUUAAUCAAAACAGUUGAUUUUUGAAAUCAGACACUUUUUAAAACAUUUUGUACAAUAUUUUUUAGUAAAGGAUAUUUUAACUUAUAUAAAGAGAGUGAAUGCUCACUUUCGUUUUUGGAGCACGUUAGUUUCCUACAACGACUUUCGUACACUAUUACAUAAGGAUUUACAUCCAUCGCUGAGUAUCACCUUUAAAAGGAUUAAUUAACAGGAGUUACAUGUCAUAAAAUGAGACUAUAGAUUGGCAGGCAUAAAGUUGUUUACAAUGAGUGGGCGUGACAAUCCAGCGAGAACGGACUCGGGCCGGGAGAACAAUGGUCCGCUUGAUCAGCAAGUGUUGCAGUGUCUUAUAUUAAUGAAUAAAGAACAGAAUAAUCACAAGGAACUAUUGCAAAAACUUAUAUUAGAAAUGAGAGAGUUCCGAGAGAACGUAUACGGAGAUUUAGGGAAGCUGCAGGAAUCUGUCGAAUCUAUAAAUAGAAAAGUGUCGUCUGGUAGAAAAUGUGUAUGUGGUGGGGAUAUGGGAGGAGCCGCACAGCAGACUGCGGGUACCAAGCACAAAACUAAGUCAAGACGGCCAGUCCGACCUUCUCCUGAAAAUUCUGACGAUAACACAGAUCCGAACUUGAACCGUCAUAGCAGACGAGGAAAGCCAGUCGAUAAACGAGGGCUAGAUAUCUAUGUCGGAAGCAAUCCAUCAGAAUCACCGGUUCAAAUCAACUCAGACCCUCCAAGAAAUGUUCUCAAGCCAAUAGCAACUAGCAGCAAACCACCGGUCACUGGUAAAACGGAUCUUUACAAUAUGACGAAGGCACCACUGCCUAGCAAGGAACUCAUAAAGAGCCAGCCGCAGGAGACAGACUUUAUCAACCUAAUGAAGAAUCUUAAGGUAGAGGUAAACCCAGCAACCAUAGCCGCCGUCUCUUCUGCUGCUCAUUUGAGGGAUAACAGCCUUGAUUCCCGGCCUCCAGCUCUUCACACAGUGCUUAUCAUUGAUACCUCAGAGAGCAUGCGCGGAGAGCCAUUUCAAAUGGCUAAAACAUUCGUCAAUAAGGUCAUAGAUGGGAUAGAUACGUCAGCAGGAGAAAUUGGGUUGGAGGAAUAUCUCGCUGUUAUCGCAUGCGGAGAAUCUACAGGCAUUAUGCAGCCGUUUACCAAUGAUUUCCUCCAGAUCAGGAAUACAGUAGAUCGUCUUCAGGUUGGAGGUAGAACUCCACUUAUGACGUCAUUGACCCUUGCCUUAUGCUAUCUAGAACUUCAAAGUGAAUGUGUGAAGGUGGCGGAUCACGUGGUCAUGCCAAGAGUUGUUAUUGUGUCCGACUUUGAUGCUACGAUUGACACACAAUUUAAAGGCAGAGACGGUGAUAACAGUGAGGACAGGAUAAAGGUUCAGCGAGAACUGUUCAAUUUAGGAAUAACGUUCAAGUCUCGAGGGUACGGUGUGAUGUGCGUGCCAGUCGGAGAAAGCAAUGGACCGGUGGCAGAAGGGUUUGUAGCCAAAACUAACGGUGAUCUGGUUUCACCUAAAUCAGUGCAGAGCGUGGGAAACUACUAUAGAUAUCAGAUGGCGAUCGGACGUGCAUUUGUAGAUUUCGAUGCGGGUGUGGAAAAUAAUCAAGAGCCGGAUGUUUAUGAACUUGUGCAGAGUACCAUGCCGCAUGCUGGACUAGACAGGAAACACCAGGCAGAUGUAUUUGCUUUGCUGGAGAAGAUUUUACAGAAGGAAGACGAUAUAGCCGACACUGAGGAUGAAGAGUUUAUUGCUGCCGGGGUCACAUAUAAAGGUAAAAAUACAAAGAACUUUGUCAAAGAUAAAGAUGAUCCUCCAGAUCUUCCAGAAUGGAUCCCAACGAGAAACGUUGACAAUAUUGGGUUUGAGGAGCAAAGUGGCUUGCCGCCGAUUGGUUCCCGUGUGAAAAGAGCCGAACACUGGAAAUGGGGGGACCAGGAUAAUAACGGGCCAGGAACCGUCGUCGGACACAAACAGAAAGGUGUCGCUUACAUUCUAUGGGACAAUGGUCUGAUCGGCGCCUACAGGCAUGGCCACAAAGGGGAGUAUGAUGUAAGGAAGGCACAGGAACCUAGACACGUGACACCUGGGGAUAUUGAGGUUGGAUGUUGCGUCAUUAGAGGCACAGACUGGGAGCGUGGGGAUGAGGACGGAGGCCAUGGGACUGUUGGGGUCGUAGUUCGCAAGUUGAGAGAUAGAUACGUCCAGGUCCGUUGGCCUUCUCGAGUGAUUGAAACAUAUCGGUUUGGUGCCGCAAAUAAAUGGGACCUUGAGGUAACAUUAGAUGUGCCUCACGCUGAAACCCCAACGAGUGAGACCCAUGGAUCCCACACCCAUACCCCAGACCCUACUGCAGGAAAUUCUGGAGGAGGUGCAGGAGGUGCAGGAAGUGCAGGAGAUUUAAAGCCGUGGUGGUCUUGGAAGGACAAGCAUAACCAGUGGAGACCGUUCUCUGAAGGUAGUGUUGAAAAGAUAGAAAAUAAAUUCGGGAGUGGUCUGCUGCAGCAUUGCCUUGUCGAUUAUGACGGCAAACCUGUAAAAAUAUACUUGUCGGAGAACGAGUGCGUUGUAGCUGGAGAAAGAUAUCCCGUCAAGAGAGAAAUGCUGAAAGCAGAGGAAAUUGAAAGUAUGAAAAUGCUGGAGGCCUAUCUACAGCCUAUAAAUUAAGAUUAGACAGACUAAAAAUAACAAGGAAGCCUGUAUGCGGACAUAAAUAAUGCGCCGAAUCAGAUACAGACACCAUAUUGAUCAAAUAGAUUGUCUUUCUAGUUCAACUGUUUCAAAGAAUAGAUAGGGCUAUUGGACUCAUCCGUGCAUUAGCGUCGGCGUCCCGAUUUGGUUAAGUUUUUGCACGUGAGCAGGUA